UGGCGCCAUCUAUAUGUCAAACUAUAAGUUUCAAGAUUUGAAUUGUUGUAUCAUGCCUGAUUUUGCCCUUACCCUGUAAAUGUAGUUGGAUUGGUUAUUUAUAUCUGUCAAUCAAUGUUGUUUGUACCUGUUAUAUUGCUCACUCAGCAAAACUGUUUGGCUCCACCUCUUCCUGGAGUAGGACUGUGUUUCCUCCUUUUCAUUCCACUCUAUCGGAUGGACGUGAAAGAGAGGCUUGGCUCUGAAAGCCCUUCAAAAGUUACCUCUCAGCACCAAUUCUGAGGUUCUUACCCUUGGGACUCACACUUCAUGUUCAGGGCCAACCUGAACAACGUUGAGGAGUCUCAAGCGCCUUCACAUCAGUCCUUUGGCAACAGAGGAAGACUCUUGUCUUCAGAUAUAGGUCAUUGGACUGAGGCUGAGUUUGCUCCGGCAUUCACAGCCAGAGAAAGAGGGAUCUGGACAAGCUUCAUGGACUUAAACAAUCAAAGACUGUAAUGUAUAUUUUCUUUUACCCCCUUUGUGAAGAAUAAAUCCAGUUUUUGAGUUAACUACAGUGUUUUGGUCCUUGGGAGUUCCAGUUUCCCUAAAGGAGGGCAAGAAGCAAUCCCCUGGGGAAAGAUGUCACGUCCAUGCCUCUUUCACUAAGAGUACAGCCCCAGGCGCGACGGCACAGUGCUGAGAGGACCCUUCUUUUCCAGCAGUGCUGAGAGAAGCCUUCUUUUCCAGAAGUACUGAGAGAGGAGCCUUCUUUUCCAGAACUGCUGAAAGAAGCCUUCCAGAAGUGCUAAGAAGGGAAAAGAAGGAGUGAAAGGGCCUUAAAUUUGCCAAGCCCAUAGUCUCCUAAAGAUAAAGAAGUCAAAAGAAGCCUGCCUUUGCCUCCAGAGGGAAGCCCAGCCUUCACAAAAUUGAGACAUUUGCAAGCUUUCCCGCUCUUUUUGCAUCUCAAGCCACCAGCAAAUUGCUACAUUCAGCUCUUGUAGCUGCAGCAAGUUCAAGCCUUCUGCAAAGUGGAUACAUUUGCUAGAAGCCUAGCCUUUGCAAAAUUGAGACAUUUACAAGCUUUCCCGCUCUUUUGCAUCUCAAGCCACCAGCAAAUUGAUACAUCCAGCUCUUGCAGCUGCAGCAAGUUGAAGCCUUCUGCAAAGUGGAUACAUUUGCUAGAAGCCUAGCCUUUGCAAAAUUGAUACAUUUGCUAAGUUUCCCGCCUUUUCUGUUUCUCAAGCCAGCAAAUCGCUACAUCCAGCUCUUGCAACUGCAGCAAAAUCCAGGUUUCUGCAAAGUAGAUACAUUUCUCCAGAAGCCAGCCUUUACAGCAACCAAGCCUCUUCCAGAAACCAGUUUGCAAAGCAAUAAAUUCCAACCUUCUGCAGUUCCUGCCAUUUUCUUCAAAGCCUGCUGCAAGUUUAUGAAAGCCCAGGCUUAACUUCUCAGUUAAGCAGCUGUUUUAAUUGUCUUGUUUAAAAUAUUGCAUUGCCCUUUUGUGUGCCUUUAAUUGUAUAGUUAUAUAGUAUUGCAUUUUGUACUGUUUGAAACUUGGGAUAAGUUUCCUUUUGAAUUACAGAAUGUCAAGUCAUAGCAAUGAGAUUUUGCAGACAAGGGUCAAAUCCCCCCUUGUAGAAGGUGCAGAAGAAAGGGUUCAAGGCUCCCCAUGUGUAAGCCUUAGAUCCAGUCUGCUCAAGAUUCCAUCUAAUGCUAGCCUUAAAUCCAAGCAUUCAUCUAGGCAUAGCAGUUCCUCCCAAUCCACACACUCAUUCAUCAGUACUUCUUCCAAAGCAGCCCACUACAACAGAGAGGCUGUCCGUUUGAAAAUUAGAAAAGAGGUUUUAGAAGCAGAGGCGUCUGCAGAAAUGGCUAGGCAAGACUUUGCCUUCAAUGAAGAGGAACUCCUCCUUCAACAGGCUAAAGCCAAGCAGAAACUGCUUCUAGCGCAGGCUAGGGCUCAACAAGAAGCUGACCUAGCACAGGCCAGGGCCCAGAGAGAAAUAGAGCUUGCAAUGGCUGAAGCCAAGCAAGAUGAACUGCAACGGGAUCUAGAUCUGCUUCAAGUAAAAAGAGACACAGCACAAAAGAUAGUCAGAGCUAACAUUCUAGCCAAAGCUCUAUCACAGGAACUAACCCAAGAAAACCUUAGUUUCCUGCCAACACAAGAGCCUACAGCAAAGGUUUCAGCACAUCUGCAACUGGAAUCACCUGUAGUGCAGAGUCAUAUCUCCUUUCGCCACCUUGAAGAUCGCUCACCUGUUCCAGUGUUCGCGACUUCAAGGCCAGCCCAUUCCUCAGAAGUACAGCAAAGCACGGCCGGGAGAGUGCCAUCAUCUCUGUCAGAGUCCAUCCCUCUACUUAGGCCUCAGAGAUACCACCUGUCUACUUGGGAACGAAAGGAUGACGUCUUUCAACAACAUCCAGAUGUCCAUUCACAUUGGCAAGGCAUGGCCGGGAGUGAACCACCACAUUCAUCCCUGCAUACCAAGUCAAUUCUCCCAUCGCUGAAGAUGAAGGCUUCAGAGGUGCUGCCUGCCAGCAAUCUGCUGAACCCAGCAUCGCCUACCAUCGCGACAAGAUGUGUUCAACCGAAGAACAUUGACUUCGUCGGGCCACAUCACACUCCUCAGAUGUACCCUUACACACUGGAGUCUCAAUUGGGUUCCCUCUUGAGAAAUCCAAGAAGAGACAUCCGAGACAAAGGCGUCCAGAAAUUCACUGACCGACCGGAUGACUACCUUCUGUGGAAAAUCACCUUCAUGAGGGCCAUUCGAGAUUUCAAGCUAGAAGCGGAUGAAGAACUGUCCCUUCUUAUGGCGUGGCUUGGACCCAGCUCAGCCGAGCAAGUAAAAAGACUUUAUGCUGCUCAUGUAGCAGACCCCCAAAGAGCAUUGUCCACAGCGUGGUCUCGCUUGGACCAGCGCUUCGGUGCGAGCACUGAGAUAGAAGCGUCCCUCAUGGAUCGACUCAACAGGUUCCCAUCACUGAAGAUGAAAGAUUGCAAACAGCUUUGGGACUUUAGUGAUCUUUUACUAGAGCUAGCUUCAGCCAAAGGAAAUCCAGAGCUGCCAGGUUUAGCAUGUCUGGAUCAGCACACGUCGCAGAGUGCCAUUCUCUGCAAACUUCCUUUUCCUCUUCGAGAAGCUUGGGGGAAACAGGUGUUCAAGUACAAAGAGGAGAAUGCAAAUGUAUACCCGCCCUUCACCUUUUUGGUGGAUUUCGUCACUAGAGCAGCCCGUGAGAGGAAUGACCCUCAAACAGGUCUUCUCGCUUUGUACCAAGACCUAAAGCCUGAAAAGACCUCCAAAGAAGACAAAGCCCAGGGCAAAGAUCUUAGAAGGAACCUGAGUGUCAAGAUGACAGACACAACUCCUGCAGCUUCUGCUCAACCAGUCAGCAACAACACCAUAUCCUGUCCCAUUCAUCAAAGGCCACACAGCCUAGCUGAAUGCAGAGAGUUCGCAAAGAAGCCUUACAAAGAACGACUCCAAAUAGUUCAAAAGGCCAAGGUGUGCUUUAGAUGCUGCGGCGACACUAUUCACUUCUCCAAAGACUGCAAAGAAAAGGUUAAAUGCCAACACUGCAACAGCAUCAAGCAUUGCUCUGCAAUGCACAACUUCGAUUCCCCUCAAUUCAAAGCAAAGUCAAAUUCUCCUGCCAAAGAAGAAACCAAAGAAGACCAAAAGCCUACAGAACCUCAGGUAGCCCUCAAGGCUCCUGCGGUUGCCUGCACCAAGCUUUGUCAAAAUAGCCACAAGCCAAGGAUUUGCCACCCAAUCUGCCUGGCAGAGGUGUAUCCAGACAAGCAGCCGUGGAAUAAGAAAAGGGUCUACGUCGCCUUGGAUGCCCAAAGUGACGCAUCUCUUGCAACCCCAGAGUUCUUCAACAUGUUCAACCUUCAUACCGAGACAAUAGAUUACACCAUAUCCACUUGUUCUGGAAAGAAUAAGAUGAAUGGCAGAGUUGCAACAAAGUUCAAAAUCUCGCCUGUCGGACAAAAGGCCAGGUACGAUCUUCCUGACCUUAUAGAAUGCAGCCUGAUUCCCAGGAACAAAGAACAGAUAGCCACGAAGGAGGUGGUACAAGCCCAUCCUCAUCUCAAAGGUAUUCAAGAUCUAAUACCAGCUUUGGACUUGGAAACAGACAUCGUCAUGCUUAUUGGUGCAGAUUGUCCCACACUGUUCCGUGUUAGCAACCAGAUUGAAGGUCCUAAGGGAUCACCCAUGGCCCAGCAGUUGCCUUUAGGAUGGACGGUGUUAGGCCCAGUCUGCCUGAACAAGAUGUUCCAGCCUGUCACUAAAAGGCCUUCACUAAUGCAAGGAUGUGCCAGCCACAUCUCAGUUUGCUGCCAGGGAGUAAUGCCCGAUUACUCUUCCAUCAUCGAAGUCACAGAGAGAGAUGAGCAAACAGCCUUCUCUAAAAAUGAACAGAAGUUCCUUGAGAUGAUGAACAGCCAAGUCACUCAAGUCUCUGAAGGUAAUUGGAUAGCACCUUUACCUUUCAAGCCGGAAAGACCAUCUCUACCCAACAACAGAGAUGUUGCCCUUCAUCGUCUCCUGUCCUUAAGAAGAAGGAUGCUAAAAGAUCCGAAGGUAAAGACCCAGAUCACCCAGUUUGUGGAAGACCUCUUCAGAAGCAACUACGCUGAACCAGCCAGCGUGUGUGCGGAGGGAGAAGAGCAGUGGCAUUACAUAUCCACUUCAGAAAAUCCGGCAGAUGUGACAUCCCGAGGAACAUCAGCCGCAAAGUUGUCCAAGUCAUCCUGGAUCACUGGACCCAAAUGUCUUCAAAAUCCUUCCUUUCCAGAAAGCAUUUCCGUGCUCAAAGACACUGAGAUGCCAGAAAUUAAGUCCUGCAAAUCUACCAUCGAUGGCCAAGACUUAUCAAGGCAAGGUUUAAAUCCAGCCAAGUUUGAAAGACUUUCAAAACGGACUAGACUUCAGGCAGCCAUUGCCAGGCUCAUACAUUACAUCACUACAAAAAACAGUGGUGCAAUUCAGCCCCAAGAUCUCUCAAAAGCCUCAACAGUCAUCCUGAGAUCCACUCAAAGACAGUGUUUUUUAGAAGAAAUAGCUUGUCUAGAAAGAAAAGCAUCCUUGCCCAAAAAUAGUUGUUUAAAGGACUUGAACCCCUUCCUGGACAAUGAGGGUCUCCUUAGGGUUGGAGGUAGACUAAAAAGAGCAAAGAUUAGAUCCUGUGUUAAAAAUCCUUUUAUUUUGCCACACCAUAGCCACAUAGCUCUGCUGUUGACACAGCAUUUCCACACAAAAGUCAAACACCAAGGAAGGUCAAUUACUCAGUCUGCCCUAAGAAACUAUGGGUUUUGGAUUGUUAGGUGCCAACGUAAAGGUUGGGGAUUUGGUGUUACUUAAACCAAGAUGCUCCUAGAUACCA